AUGUCUGCCGUUACCUCCAACCCCGAAGUCCCUCAGACUCAAGGUAAGCUUCGAACCCCCCUUCCUCUCUAUCCGUUGCGAAUCUCGGCCAGAGCUAUGCCCAAAUUUGUUUGCUGACUUCCAACCCAUUCGAAACGCCUCUUGCGUGACUCGUUCACAGUCCCUGGCCUCACCAACGGUGUAGACUCGUCGGCCCCGAUUGAGACCUCGUCGGCUGCCCCUAUCAACCCUGCCCAUGACUCGCGCAAGGUGACCGACCUUGGGUCCAACGCCAAGUCCCGCUCCGGUUCUCGCCAGCGUCUGACCGAUGCUGUCAAGUCCGUCUUCGGCUCCCACGGCCACGACCUCAACUUUGCGGACCAACACGGCCUCGAGCGCAAGUCCCGUGACGCUUCCAGAUCCGCCUCUCGUUCCGGAUCGCGUUCGGCCUCGCGUACGGCUUCCCCGUCGCGCGUGUCCAAGGUCCUCGGUUCGCACGGCCACGAUCUCAACUUCGCCAACGAGGAAGGACUCGAGAGGAAAGGUCGUGAGACCGCCCGCGCCGCAUCCAAGUCGCCUUCGGCAUCGCGAGAGGGCUCGAGGUCGCGCAACCCCAUCUCCAAGAUCCUCGGUGGCCACGGGCAUGACCUCAACUUUGCCGAUACGGCCGGUUUGGAACGCAAGUCGAGGAACGCCUCGAGGGCAGGUUCCCGAUCAGCCUCGAGGGCAGCUUCGCCGAUCCGUGAAGUCCAGUCCGAAGUUUGA